GCUUAUAUGUGGGUAAUUUGAAGCCUUUGACUUAUAGGUGAACAAUUACAACAAAUUUUAUUUUGUUGUUUGUGUGCUGAUAAUAAUUGUAAAUACAGGCCUGUUUUACUGUUAUGGUGUUUAAAUGUUUAGUGAAGCAAGAAAGCAUCCUGACAGUCUUUUAGUGUUAGAUGUUAUUUUAAAAAUAGUAAGUAGUAGUGGUAAAAGGAGGGUCCGAUUAGAGUUUUGUUUUUUCUUAAUAUUUGCUUCAUAUAUUGAGCUUUCAAUCAUAAGCAGUAUAUUGUAGUUUGAUUGAGUUUAACUGCACUGAAACUGGUAAAGUAAUGUUUGUAUUGGUGACAUAGAAAAUCACAGCAAUACCAUAACUUAGCUAAACAGCGCCAUCUUGUGGGGUUUAAUGAUACAGAAAUACGCCGACAACAGCCAGAUAAUGGGAGACAAAAACACUGUCCUAAGGCUGGGGUGGUUUCACCCCGCUCCACUACGCUGCCCUCCAUGGUAACCGUGUCCUGGUCGACCUUUUCCUUAGUAAUGGAGCUGACCCUAACCUGACGUGUGAUGCAGGACAGACAGCCUUUCAUUUUGCCUGCAGGCAAGGAAACAUCUACAUCAUACACCAAAUGAUGCAGUAUGGAGCUGAUCUACGCCUCAUAGACCUGCAGGGAAAAACGUCACUGCAUCAUGCAGUCACUGGGGGCAACAUUGUUGCAGUGCACUAUUUGUGGGAGACGGGGAUGUUCAGAUUCUCAGACACAGACAUGUACCAGGUGACACCCCUGCACCUGGCUGCAUCCACAGGCAACACAGAGGUGGUCCGGUAUCUGCUCAGAGACCAGAGAUGUGCUGUGGAUGCAGUUGACCAGCAGGGAGCGACAGCGCUUCACGUUGCAGCAGAGAGGGGAGUAGUGGAGGUGUGCUGGACACUGCUGCAGAGAACAGGAUGCAGGAUGCUCCAUCAGAAGAGCCACAGCGGCCUCACACCACUGGAUCUCUGCAAACAGGGGAAAACAUUUAGACAUCAGCAACUCACCAAACUACUGAGUCGGCACAUUAAAGAGCCAAUACACCACAAGCCAAGAGAGUCUCAUGUUUUAUACUACUGGACGCUGUUUUUUCCAACUCUGAGUGGAGCUGCCAUCCUGCUAAUAGCAGCCAUGUUGGGAGGCUAUGGGGGUCUGAUCUGCAGCUUGCUCUUCCCCUGGCUGGCUAGAAGCAUCUUCACACAAUACCACCGCAUGACCACAUACCAAAGGUCACCCAACCCGAUCUACUUGGGAACGCUUAUAGCGGGCCUGUUCCACUCCCUGCUCUGCUUCUUUGGAAAAAUAAUGCCUAGUGUGUGGCCAAACAGUCCUCUGGUCCAGGUGUCAAUGGUCCACUUCUCCCUAGUGCUCGGUUUGUUCUGUAAGGUUCUGACACAGGACCCCGGGACACUGGACAGAGCGGAUGCCGAUCCUCGAUUCUCCUGUAUCGCUGACCUGGUUGAGAACAACCAGAGCCCUCACAGGUUCUGUCCAUACUGUGAGCUGUUUCAGCCUGACUACACUAAACACUGCAAGCUGUGUGAGGUGUGCAUCAAAGACUACGACCAUCACUGCCUUUUCCUCAACCGCUGCGUCGGCCGGGGUAACCACCGCCUCUUCCUCUUCUUCAUCCUCUCCAUGGUGAUUGCCCACCUUCUUUUUGUUGCCACGGCAACAAGUUACCUGUACGACAAGAUGCCUGCUGGCAGUCGAAGCUUGUCACUGUGGCUCACGUUGUUAGGGCAGGAGUUCUGGGUUGCGGUCAUGAUUGUUAUGAACACGCUGACGCUUUUGUGGGAGGUGUGGCUACUGACCGAGCAGUUUGAUGCCGUUGCCACAGGAACGACCACCUACUUCAGACAGUGUGAAACCUCAGCACGACAGAGGUCGCUAGGACAGCGCUGGGUUAUAGUACUGUCAUUUCUGCUGGAGGGUCGAAGACGAGUAGGCAGCGGACAAAUACGAGAGGACAAAACUGCCAUAGACAUUUAAAAUUGUCAGUUUUUGUCGAAUGCAGCUGUUUCAUCAUCGGUCACUUACAAAUCUACAUCCUCAGUUUAGAGUCUUCGGUGUGCAGUCAACUUUGUGAUAAUGUCCUCUUUAGAUUCAGUAACUUUCGAAUGCCAUAUAACAUGUUGUACUUGAAUGUAAAAUUUGAUCAUAUCUUAAUAUUUUAUUUUAAUAUAUACAGUCGACUAUACAGUAGAUUUGUGAGCAGAUCUGUCCACAGUGGCUAACAGGAUAACUAGCACUAACUGUUUAGUCGUUCACCUAGUUUUUAGAGACCUCACUGAACACUUUUAAGAUAACAGUGUUUUUGAUUAACUUGUUGGAUAACAUUGUUCUGUGUGUAGUACUGGAUAUUUCCAAAACUGUGUUUUAGCAGGAAACGCCUCUGAUAACAUGAACACUCACAUUCACAACUGUGUUUUUCUACUCCGCAUCAUCUGACUUUUUUAACAUCGUUGUUAAUCGUUGCUUUAAAUAAAAGCAUAAAGCAUACUGUA